AUGGACUCUUCGCGGACUCUUUGGUCGGACCUAAAACAGACUCCGGAAUACGAGUUCAUGGCGGACGGGGACCUGGACCCCUCCUUCUCGGUCGAGUCUUUCUUUGCCGAGGAUGCUGCGCCCCCUGCUGUCUCCGCGCCGCCUCCCGCCAAGAGGGUCUGUGCUGCCGCCUCUUCCAGCUCUGCGCCAGUGGCUCCUCCGGCUGUCUCCCAGAGGCCGACGGUCGCUCAUCCUACGGCCCCGGUGGCUGGACCGUCUAACGCCGUGCCUUCCACGUCUACCUCUACCCAGGAAGUAGCCCCGUCGGUUGUCGUCGUGCUGUUCCCUGAAGCCCUGGAGCCUCACCGCAGCCGUAUUGUCACUCGCGUGCGCAGUGUGCUGCGCGGACGAGAUUUUGCUGGUGGUCGUGUGCCGGCCUUCGAGGCUUCUGCCGGCGAGCUGUUGCGUCUCCCUCGCCGGUCCUAUGCUCGCCACGUGUUCCAGUGGCCUUCGCGGGAUGAUGCCGCUCGUUUCCGUGCUCUGCUGCCGAUUACCUACCGUGCGUCUGACGGCCCAACUGCGGAAAUCAAGGCCUUCACCGACCCUGUCCCCGAUUUCACUGCUGCCAAGGCUCGGGGUGAGCCGGUAUUGGUGACUCGCAACAUCCCUAUCGGCUACGCCACGCAGGAUGUCAAGGAUCUGCUCGUCACUCGCUGUAACGCGGAUGGUGCCAGGUGGUUGGGUGACCUGCAGUUUUUUCAUAAAGUGUUUGACCCGUAUGAGGAAUCUUACCUUCCCCAGAUGGCUGGCAUUCCGGUUGCUCCUGUGAAUGACCCGCGGUUUGAGAACAUUCCUGCAGUGAUCUGGCUCCCCGCCGUUCAGGAGCCGUUGCUCGUCAAUGUCUCCUCCCAUUCCUGCGAUGUCUGCCCCAAUAAUCACCACAGUGCCAUGGAGCAUCUUGCCAGCCCAGCGCACGCUGCUGCGCUCCUGAACGUCUCUGGCAAAGCUACUCCCAUCGAGGAGCUCGGGGACAUGAAGGUCCACGAUCUCAACAGGAAUGACGCCAUCACUGCCUUCCUUGCGUAG